CUGGACUCCACUUCUCCUCUUCCCUCCUCCUCCACAUCUCCUCAGUGUGUGUCCAGCAGCGAUGUCGGGGACGCGGUAGAAGCCUCUGGAGGGGGGGACGACAGGCUGUAUCCCAGGUGGAGAGUCGCUGUGAGAGCUGGAUGUGAAGGGGAAGCGCCAAGGUCAUGAUCGACUGGCCCAAUGUGACAGCGUCCGGCCGCCAGGAGCUGGGCCUGAAACCUGAGGAGCUGCAGAAGUCCAAAUGUGUGCUGGGUUUCAUCCCUGUCAUCUACUACAGCAUUCUACUCUGCGUGGGAGUACCAGUGAACAUCCUGACGGCGGUGGCCUUGUCCAGACUGGCGUCCCGCACUAAGAAGGCUCUGUACUACUACCUCUUGGCAGUGACGGGCUCGGACAUCCUUUCUCAGCUAUUCAUCAUCUUCGUCGGCUUCCUGCUGGAGACGGCGGUCUUUCACCGUGAUGUCCCUGCACUCCUGCUGCACUCUGUCAGCGCUGCAGAGUUCGCCGCCAACCACGCCUCAAUCUGGUCCACCGUACCCCUCACCGUGGACCGUUACGUGGCACUGUGCCACCCUCUCCUCCACCGCCAGAUCAGCUAUCCGGCACGGGCCAGGAAGAUCAUCGCAGUGGUCCUGAUGUUGUCGCUGGCGUCAGGCGUGCCUUUCUUCUGGUGGUCGGACAUGUGGAGGAACAGCCACCCGCCCACGGCGCUGGACACCGUCCUCAUAUGGACACAUGUAACCAUCAUCUACUUCCUGCCCUGCAGCAUCUUCUUGGUGCUGAACUCUUUGAUAAUUCAGACGUUGAGGGUGAGGCAGAGGCAGCAGCGUUGCCAGGAGGAGUGCGGGCCAAAGUCGGCACCUCCACGGCGACUUGGGAAAACCACAGCCAUGCUGCUGGCCAUCACCUCUGUGUUCUCUGUGCUGUGGGCCCCCAGGACAAUCGUGGUCAUCUACCACCUGUACGUGUCCUCAGUUCACAGAGACUGGCGGGUCCACUUGGCCUACGACCUGUCCAACAUGCUGGCCAUGCUCAACACCGCUGUCAACUUCUUCCUCUACUGUUUCGUCAGUAAGCCUUUCCGUGGCGCCGUGCGUGACGUCGUGCUGCUCAGGGGGGGCCCACUGUAUCCUCGCCGCGCGCUGCCACAACAGCAGGCCCCCACCAAUGCCUCCAUCUCCUCUCUGUACAGUGGGAACAAGCAGCGCUCACAGCGUGACUCCACCCCCUUGUCACCUCGCAGGGCCAGAAAGCCCUCGUGACCCCGUGACCCCGCCUCUUAAUCCAAAACACCCAUCAUCCCACGGUCCUUGAUCACUCCUGACCCCAGGGACGCACUCUGCAUUCCAGCCACGACCGUGGACAGCUGCCAGUCAGGCCGGGAGCUCUAUCCACGGCCCUGAAAUGAACUCGACUCACAAGAAGUAUGUUUUUUGUAGCAUAAUGUCAGCGGGUGUUGUUUGUCCAUGUAAAUCAGAUAAGAUGACAACCUAUUUAUUUUUCUUCAGAAGAAUUUGACAAAACAAAAGUAGGUUUUUGGUAUUUUUUUCGUUUCCAUACAUGGAAGUAAUGUGGCAAAAAAUAUUUUUUAUAUUGUUAUGAGAGAAAAGAAAGAAUAACAAUUUGUUUUCUCUGGGAUUAAAUCAGUAGUUAAAUCUGUGGUAAGGAAACAGAAGGAAUAUUAAGCAAUGACUUUUCGAAAGCUGCUACAUGUAAUCCCGCUUUUAUGACAUCAAGUUGCAUUCAGUUUCCCUCAGUGUGUGUCGAAUACACUGCUAUCAUAUCCACUCUGCAGGGAGGGAGAAAUAAGAGUUUUAAUUUCAACUGGCUGCUAUUUUCUGCAGUUGUGUAAGGAUGCCGAACGCCCAAAAGACAAUCUGCCUUGCUGAGCACAGCCAAUCGAGCAAAGAAAUCGUACUCCAUCUCUACAGCCAACUGCCAGGCACAAAAACCACAGCUGCUGGGGCGAGUGUUUAUUUUUCAUGAAAUGCAACUCGAUGGAGCCUUAAAUGAAAGCUUGCCGUUUAAGCAGCAGGAGUGAAGACCCUGCUCUUCAAACACACCCGCCACUACAUCACCAACAGGGCCUCAGCUCUGGCUAAACAAACCACAGAUUAGCCUGAUGGUCUGCACAAACACACACAGAGAAAAACUCAGAUGAAGGUACACACUGUUGUGUAUGUGCAAACACGUGCACGCACGCACACACAAACGUCAGCUAGUACAUUUCCAUUUGCCACAGCGGGAAUUUUCAUGUUACGUGACUGUAAUUUGAUGAAAAAUUAACUGUAUCAGUUGUUGUGUCAGUGUUAGUGAAAAACAAGAGAUCUGCACUUAACUGCUAAUUUGCAUAUAUAUAUAUAAUUUUACGCCAUCUGUUGUUGACAAGUAUAUGUUUUUUAAUUAAUGCCCGUGGGGAAAGUGAAUUAUGUUGUCAGUUUCAUUUCCCGUGUUGAAAGAGCCAUGUUUGUCGCCUCACACAUGCCUUGACUUUAAUUUCAGAUUUUUAAAACAGACACAUUUAAUGCUGGUCAAUGCUAAUUUGAGUUUCACAUACUGUGGAGUCCCUGCUAAGAUAUGAACAUAUGCUGGAUUUGUCGCUGUUUUAUUUCUAUGAUGGAAUUAUGCUUUGAAUGACAGCUUUAUAUUUGAAUGAAGCUUUCAUGGAAGAAAGCAACUCAUGUUGCUUUGAAACUUUGUUUUAUCUCACAUGUACGGAAACAUUUCACUGCCACAAUUUGAAAGCUUUAAAAUUUACAUUAGGUCUGAAUAUGAUCACAAAUGGUUUUGUAUAUUAAGAGGAUACUGACAGAA